UCUUAAUUUAAAGGUAUUUCAAAACAUAUUGAACACUAUAUUAAAUAAUCAAUCAUGAGCAAAAGUAGCUUAAUAACCAUUUUUACUUUAUCCAAUGGAAUGGUAAUGGAAAUAACUACUUAUAAUUUAGAUUGGAUCAGCUCCAAUUGUACUUCCUGUUUUGUAUAAUCAAUAUGGAUUAAUUAAUGGCAUAGUUUUCUCUUUUAUCAUCUGUUUGACCUCAUGUAUAACAUGUCUAAUUGUAAAAAAAUAUCAUCAAAAGAAAGAAGUAUUAAAAUAUAUUAUAUGAUAGGUUGAUUUGCAAUUUGUAAUUAAUCGAAUUCUAGGACCCCACUUAUAGACAACUUUCAAUCUAAUUACAAUAAUCUUUUACAUUGCUUGUGCAUAAAUUUAAGUAAUAAUUUCUUGCUCCCUUAUAUAUUCAGUGAUAUCAUUAUUUAUAGAUUCAGCUCCUUAAGUAAAAUAUUAAAUAUUACUUUAGAAUGUCUUCACUUUCACUUAAUUUUCUUACUAAAUUCUUGGAAUGAUCUAUAUUCUUAUUUUAUUACCGACUUUUUUUAUUAAAGAUAUUACACCUUUACUUAAAUUACCAUCAUAUGCAUCAUUAGCAACACUUUUAGCUGUCAUAUUUAUUAUCUUUAAAGGAUCACAAACACCUUCAAUCACUAUUUGGAAAUCUAAUGAUGUAACAAUAUUAUUAAUUUAGAUUGCUGUAUUACCAAGUGUAUUUUAGUUGGCAUUUUUAGGUCAUAGUUUAGUAGUUCCACUUCUAUCUAAAUAAGAUAGUAAGCAUAAAUCAAGAGAUAUAAUUAUUGCUUACAUUUUAACAUUUACAAUUUAUUAAAUUGUUGGACUUUUUGGCAGUUAUGCCCUUUUUCAAAGAACACCUUAAGAUGGACUUUCUGGAUAUACAAUUUUAGAUUAUUUUCCAUAAUCAUAAUUAUUUGUUAUUAUUUUACAAGUAAGUAUCAUAAUAUUUUAUAGAUUUUACUAUUCAUUCAAAUUAGCUUACUCCUCCCAAUUAUUUAAUAUGUAGCUAGAUUGAGAUUUUUUGCAUUUUUUCAUGCUAAAAAUCCUAAACCCUAUAUGUUAAUCAUCUUUUCUUUCAUGUUUGCAUUUAUUUGUUUAGCUUUUGAAAUGAUGAAUUUAAAUUUAGAAGUUUUAAUAAGCUAUACAGGGUAUUUAUUAUUUAAUAAUUAAUAGAGCUAUUAUAGGAUCAAUAAUUGCUUACUUUUUACCUAUUGCUUGCCACAUUAAGAUGAAAUAUUUUAAUAACAACAAAGUUUAAGAAUUUAAUUUAAUUGAAUCUGAUUAAGAAUUGAAUUAAAAGAAAAUAGGAUUUUUAGAAAUCUUAUUUGAUUGCUUAGGUUGUGGAAUCAUAUUAUCUAUUGGUUUUAGUGUUUUAAUACUCAGAUUUAUUUAUGCAUGA